AGCAAUGGACUGGAAAAUUUGUGAAAUUGAGUUUAUGGAAUAACUGGGAAUGCUGGAUAGCUCUUUGGGUAAAGCUAUGGAACAAAAGUACCAGCAUAAACUAAGAAAUGACUGUCACAGCACAACAUCAAACACAAUGCAAGACAAAGGUUCUCUGCUUUUGCCUUACCUGACAGAAAAAUUAAGCUCUAGGUUCAUCGCAUGCAGACAGCAGCAAUACAUGACAUAUAUAAAGGCUGGCUCUUUUCUCCCUUCCAUUGAACUGAAACUUCCACUCAGUCAGAAUGGGAAAGAUCUUCUUCUACGAGGAAAGGAACUUCCAAGGUCGCCACUAUGAGUGUGGCUCAGACUGUUCCGACCUGUCCUCAUACUUCAAUCGCUGUAACUCCAUCAGGGUAGAGGGUGGAAACUGGAUCCUCUAUGAACACCCCAGUUAUAAGGGAAACCAAUAUUACCUCUGGAAAGGAGAAUACCCAGAUUUUCAGAGAUGGAUGGGCUUCAAUGACUCCAUUAGAUCUUGUCGCUUUCUUCCCAAUCACCAUGGCCAAUACAAAAUGAGAAUCUACGAAAGAGGAGACUACCAAGGCCAGAUGAUGGAGUUCUUUGAUGACUGCCCCAAUACUUAUGAUCAAUUCCGUUUCCAUGACAUUCACUCCUGCAAUGUGUUUGAUGGCCACUGGAUGUUCUACGAGGAACCCAACUACAGAGGACGUCAGUACUACCUGAGAAAUGGAGAAUACAGGAGAUACAAUGAUUGGGGAGCCUCAAGUCCUAGAAUUGGCUCAUUUAGAAGAGUUUAUCACAAGUUUUAA